GGCGCUGAUGUUUGGCUUACAUACGCUCGGAUUUUAGUUCGUAACUUUUAGAGGUUAAUUGUACGUUGCCAUCAUCUCAUCUCAUUUGGGCCUUUUUUUUUUCGCUUUUCCCCUCUACUUUGAACGUUAUCCGACUUUUCACAAGCAUGCUUUCUAUGGCAAAAGGUGCUGUGUCGGGCUUAAUUGGUCAGAAAGACAACCCUUAUCCUCAAGGAGUAAGAUGUCAGAAAUGUUUGGAAUAUGGCCAUUGGACUUACGAAUGCAACAAUAAAAGAAAAUAUGUGCACCGGUCCUCACGCACAGUUCAGCUUAACAAGAGACUCAAGAUGAGAGAGGAACAGGCAAAGAUGCGUGCAUUGGGAAUAACACCGGUCACCAGUACCAAAAAUAAGAAGAAUGAAGGGCCUGAUAAUCUAGACAAUGAUUCUGACUCAAGCGACUCAAGUAGUAGCAGUUCAAGUAGUUCGUCAAGUAGUUCUAGCAGCAGCAGCAGUAGCAGUUCUAGUAGCAGUAGUGAAAGUAGUUCUGACUCAGAAGACGAGAAAACUAGCACCUCCAAAAAGAGAAUCAAUCAGAAGAAAAGUUCAGAGACAGCAAAUGGAAAAAUUAUGAAUGAAAAAUCACAAGAGUUACAUUACAGUACAAAUAAUGAAUUCAAAGGAAAGAAGUUUGAUAAACAAGCAAAAAGCAAGAGGAGUGAUGGAGAAAUGGAUAAAGGCGAGGAUAGAAAAGGAAUAAAGGACAAAGACGAAAAGAGAACAGUUAGUACUAGGGGAGACCCAGAUGACAGAGAAAACAGAAGAGUUGGUGAUAAAAACAAUAGCAGAAGGCAAAUUGAUGCGUAUGAUAUUGAAGAAGGAAUGGUUGAGAGGGAUGGGAGAAGAGAGAAGGCAGAUAAGGAAGGUAGGAAAGGAAGGGAAGAACAGUAUGGUAGGAGGGAUAGCAGGAAGGACAGGGAUGCCCAAGACGAUAGAAAGGGAAGAACAAACCGGGACAGUAAGAAAGAUACGGAAGAGUGGAAUGUUAGGAAAGAUAGAGGAGAACAGGACGCCAGGAAAGAUAGAGGAGAACGGGAUGGCAGAAGAGAUAGAGAAGAGCGAGAUGGCAGGAAAGAUAGAGAAGAGCGAGAUGGCAGGAAAGAUAGAGAAGAGCGGGAUGGCAGGAAAGAUAGAGAAGAGCGGGAUGGCAGGAAAGAUAGAGAAGAGCGGGAUGGCAGGAAAGAUAGAGAAGACAAGUAUGAAAGGAGAGGUAAAGAAAACAAGGAAGCUGAAAAUUCAAAGAAAAAACAAGAAAACACAGAAAGGUCAUCUAAUCAGAAAGACAAGUAUGACAAAAGCAACUCCCGUCUAUCAAAAUCUCAAUCCUCACCAUCCAAGAGCAGGAGAGAGAAUUACAUUUCCCCUAAUGAAUAUGAUGAGAUGGACUUGGCACCUCCGGCUUCAUCAAGCAAAACAACUAAUAAAAAAGAUUUUAAAGCAGAAGUGAUCCCUAGGGAAAAUGAUGUCAAAGAUGAUUACUCAAGGAAGGAAAGGAACUAUAGCAAGGAUUAUUAUGAAAAAGAUGGCAGAGCCAAAAGACAGCAUGAUUCAAGGCAUCAAUCACCUUCACAGCAUCGAAAAAACAGAUCACCAUCCUUUUCUCCUCCCAGGAAAAGCCUUCAUAAAAGUAAGAGUAAGCAAUACAGGGACUGAAGAUGCUAAGUAACUACUUUGACAUUUUGUAAACUUGUAAACUGGCAGAGAACUGUCUUAUGAAUAAAAGUACUUUAUUUUAAAA